AUGUCGCAAAACGCUCAAGAUCCUGCUCAAAUUGGCGAAGAUGACAUGGGUGAGGCCUUCGGACCUCUCCCUGUCAGCAAACUCGAGGAGUUUGGCAUCUCGAGCUCGGACUGCAAAAAGCUGGCAGAGUCGGGCUACAACACUGUGGAGAGCAUCGCCUUCACGCCCAAAAAGCAGCUUCUGCUGGUCAAGGGCGUUUCCGAGGCAAAGGCGGACAAGAUCCUUGCUGAGGCCGCCAGGCUCGUGCCCAUGGGCUUCACCACCGCCACCGAGUUCCAUGCCCGCCGAAACGAGCUCAUAUCUAUCACAACGGGAUCCAAGAAUCUCGAUGCGAUUUUGGGUGGAGGCAUGGAAACGGGAAGCAUUACCGAGCUAUACGGCGAAUUCAGGACGGGCAAAAGCCAGCUCUGCCACACGCUUGCCGUGACUUGCCAACUGCCCGUCGAUAUGGGUGGCGGAGAGGGCAAAUGUCUCUAUAUUGACACCGAAAACACCUUCCGACCCACUCGUCUCUUGGCUGUGGCGGAGCGAUUUGGUCUAAAUGGCGAGGAGGUGCUCGACAACGUUGCCUAUGCGCGAGCCUACAACGCAGACCACCAGCUUCAAUUGCUCAUGCAAGCAUCUGCCAUGAUGGCGGAGUCACGCUUCUCCCUGCUGAUCGUUGACUCGCUUACCUCGCUUUAUCGUACUGAUUUCUCUGGACGAGGUGAGCUGUCGGCUCGACAGAUGCAUCUGGCCAAGUUCCUCCGAGGUCUCAUGCGAUUGGCCGACGAGUUUGGUGUGGCAGUCGUCAUCACGAACCAGGUCGUGGCUCAAGUGGACGGAGCCACUGCUUUCACGGCCGAUGCUAAGAAGCCCAUUGGUGGUAACAUUGUUGCACACGCAUCAACCACGAGAUUGUCACUACGCAAGGGACGCGGCAACCAGCGUAUCUGCCGUAUCGCUGACUCGCCGUGCCUCCCCGAAGCUGACGCGGUUUUCGCGAUUGGACCCGAGGGCAUCAUCGACCCUGUCGAUUGA